UGUUAGCAGUUGAUUGAGUUUCAGGUAAAUUUACAGAAUUAUGGCACCGAAAAUACUACGAGUUGCUGAAAUUCCCAACUUAGUGCUAGGAGAAGGCCCGCACUGGGAUAUUGAAACUCAGAAUCUCUAUAUCGUUGAUAUAUUUGGAAAAUCUAUACAUAAGUUCAAUGCUUCAACCGGUCAACACAGCAAAGCAAUUUUUGACAAACCGGUAUCGUUUAUCGUACCGGUAAAAGGACAGAGAAAUAAAUUUGUUAUCAGCCUUGAAAGAGAGAUUUGCGUUAUUACUUGGGAUGGUAUAUCUGAAAGACCAUCAAAAAUUGAAAAACUUGCGGAAGUUGACCAAGAUACCCAAAACCGAAUAAACGAUGGAAAAUGCGACCCACGCGGAAGAUUAUGGGCUGGAACCAUGGGUCCAGAACCUGAACCUGGGCACUUUCAGCCCGAGGCUGGAUCUCUAUUUUCUCUGGAUGGUGGCGAAGUAACUACAUUCGCUACUAAAGUGGGAAUAUCCAAUGGGUUGGCGUGGAAUACCAAACUCGGAAAGUUUUACUACAACGACAGUCUUGUAAAGAGAGUAGACGAAUUUGACUAUGAUAUCAACAGUGGAGUAAUCUCAAACAGGAAAACAAUUUUUACGUUCAGUAAACACGAUAUCGACGGACUUCCUGAUGGAAUGACCAUUGAUGCAGAUGGAAAUCUUUGGGUUGCAGUGUUUAACGGGAGCAGUGUAAUCAAAAUCGAUCCUAGAAAACCAGAAACUUUACUGGAAACCAUCAAAGUACCAGCUAAACAGACAACUUCUGUGGCAUGGGGAGGUAUUGACUUGAAUAUUUUGUAUGUGACCAGUGCUAGUAUGACAGUGGAUGGAGUGGAGCUUUUACCUCCAAAUCAUGGAGCUACUUUCCAGAUUACCGGCUUAGGCACGAAAGGAUUACCAGCAGACAAUUUUGUUUCAGAAUAAUUUAUCAAUGUGAACUCCCAUGAAAGUUUAUAAUAAAUUACAGUUAUUUCUCCAA